AUGCCUCUCCAAACCUACCACCACUCUUCCUCAACUAGAGGCCUGUCCAGCAUCACAACCCUUAUCGUUGGUGCAACUGAGUCUGUCCUAAUUGAUCCACCCUUCCUCAUUCAAGAUGCUGAAUCAGUCGUCCGCUGGGUCAAAGCAACAACAACCACACCCCUCAAAGCCGUCUUCGUGACCCACCACCACCCCGACCACUUCUUCUCCGCAAAUCCCAUCCUCGAGUCAUUCCCGUCCGCGAAAUUUUACGCGGCACCAUACGUCCUCGCGGGAAUCAACAGAGAAUACGAUGAUAAAGUGAAAUACUGGCCGUCGAUUUUCGGCAAGGAGAGUGUUCCCGAAGCGCCAAGGAAGCCGGAGGCAUUCGAAUUUACUUUCUUCGUCUUGCAGGGAAAUCCAGAGAGUCCGGUUAUGUUGCUAGGCCCGUUGCAGGGGGAUUCAGUUGAUCAUACUAUUUUUUGGUUACCCGCCGAGAGGACGGUGAUUUGUGGGGAUACGGUUUAUGGGAGGAGUACGCAUGUUUGGGUCGAGGAAGUCGAAACCCCCGCUUUACUUGAAGCAUGGAAUAAAUCGCUGGACGUCAUUUCUUCGCUCAGCCCGGCCAAGAUCAUCCCCGGCCACUUGGAGCCGGGAUGGGAGCUUGAUGCACAAGCGGAUCUCGCGCAUACCAAGAAGUAUCUUUCUGUGUUUGCAAAUAAGGUGACGUAUGCGUCGUCCAAGCCCAAGGUGCAGGAGCUCUAUAAGUGUUUCCAGAACGAGUUCAAGCAGUGCAAGGAGAACUUGGACUUCUUCCUGGGACAUUUGUCGAAUCAGUUUGGAGAGGGCGGUCAGGUGUGGGAGGAAAAUAGACAUCAUGCUGUGGAUAAGCGGAGGAUUGAAGAUCUCAAUGGGUUCUGCUUCUAGCUGUGUUAUGGAAGGGAUUGCGCGGCGUUUGAUCUUAUUGUAUAUAUUACGGCUGAGGCU